ACAAAUCCUCCUUCAAUUGCGCUCAGGCUCUCACGCAAUCUCGACGCAACAAGCGAUGCUCUGCCUCUCCCCCGCCGCACCGCUCCAACCUGCAGAUCCGGCGUCGCAGCAGCUGAGCUCCCGCACCACUUUGUCGUGAUCGACUUCGAGGCGACCUGCGAAAAGAAUUGCAAGAUCUACCCGCAGGAAAUCAUCGAAUUUCCUGCGGUCCUCGUCGACGCCGCCACCGGCGGCCUCGUCGCCUCCUUCCGGACCUACGUGAAGCCGCGCCACCACCCGCGCCAGACCGCGUUCUGCUCUGAGCUGACGGGAAUCCAGCAGGAGCAGGUCGACGGCGGCGUAGAUCUCGCGACGGCGCUGGCCAUGCACGACGCGUGGCUGGCGGCGGCGGGCGCAGCCAAGAACCGCCUCGCCGUCGUUACCUGGGGCGAUUGGGAUUGCCAUACAAUGCUAGAGUCAGAAUGCCGCUUCAAGGGACUCGCAAAGCCUGCUUAUUUCGACAGAUGGAUCAACCUUCGCAUCCCCUUCGAGGCCGCGUUCGGCGCUGGGCGGCGCAACCUUCAGGAGGCGGUCAGGGAGGCGGGUCUGAAGUGGAGCGGCCGCCUCCACUGCGGGCUCGACGAUGCGCGGAAUACAGCGUUCCUCCUCGCCGAGCUGAUGCGGCGGGGUGUCCCCAUCUCCAUUACCGGCUCUCUGGUGCCGCCACCGCCACCGGAGCCUGAGCUACAACUUCAGCAGCAACUCUCGCCAGCGAAUCACAAUUUCCGCUGGUGCGUCGGUGGCGCUGCUGCUACUGACUGCUGCUGCUAUUGCGGCGUGGCCGUCAGAGGCGACGUGGUGACGACGCCGGGCCCAAUGCAAGGGCGCUACUUCUUCAGCUGCGGGAACUGGACACCGCUGGGGCCAAUGUGCCCAUUCUUUCUCUGGGCGGCUUGAUUGCCAGCCGUCCAGACUCCACGGGAGCGUCGUCAAUAAGGAAAUGUUGCCGCCGCAGGCUGAUGUCAUAAUCUUUUUCCUACAGAUAAGUUUCUUUCCUGUUUUUUUAUCUGCACUCAUGUAGAAUAUAUUUUUUAUUUUACUGAGUUUUCUGGUCUAAGAGUCAUCUCUUCUGCAGCGGACUUGAUGGUGCUCGCACAGACUUAGGCAGCAGAAAUGGAGAUCUGUACAUCAUCACUUCGGCAUCAGACAUGAUGGCCAAUUUUCAUACCACCAAAAGACUUCGGCAGCAGAAAAGGAGACUUGAUCAAGCUCUGGUGUCCAGAUAGAAUUUGCUUUGUGGUUUGCUAGAGGGGGUCAGACAGCUAGAGUUGGCUUGUUAGGAGUUUUAUUUACUCAAUGUUAGUUGGGAGUUGUAGCUUGUCUUAUAAAUAUGAAAUCCGUGUAAUUGGAAGAUCAAGUAAUGAAAUCAAUCUAGUUUCCCCUAUCCCUUCUCUUGUGUAGAUGUGUAUAUGAGAUGAUUCUUUGUCAAAGCUACUUUUUCUAUUUGGCUGCAAGUAUAUUAUAGAUGAUACAUGGUCUGCAAAUGUUUCACUUGAUAGCAAA